UCCAGCUCUUCCCCUCCCUCCCCGUUUCUCCUCGCUCAGAAACGGCGCAGCAGGACGCCUGUCUGGGGGCUCAACCGCGCCUAGCUCUUGCAUGAGAGUUUUAAAACAAAAGACAACAACUUGGAAAGUGUUUUGCAGUGAGUUUGCAGGGGGAAUUGAGCUCUGCACGGGAGGAAAACAAAGGGGAGGGCCAGUGGACGCGCUGAUGGACUGUGGGAUGAGAUAGCGUCCUGCCCUAUCUCCCCAUCCUUCUCGGUGCUCGAGACGGACGGUGCUGCUUCUUUUCCGGAUGAUGUAACUGUUUCACGACAGGCUGAACUCGGAUUGUCUUUGCUUCCCACGAACGUGGACACGUCUGCUCUCCGGGAUACCCUGCGGAGACCCGCAUCCUCUGUUUUCUCGGAGCUCUGGUCCAGGUUUGCGGGUUUGGGGGACGCGGCUCGGCUCACGGAGCUGAAACUGGCGAUGGUGCGCACUGGUGCAGUCAUGUGGCAGAGGAUUCAGAUUUGCUGCGCACUGUUUGCACUGUAUUCAGCGGCACCGCCUGCACACAUCAACCGCCUGGCGCUGUUCCCUGACAAGAGCGCCUGGUGCGAAGCCAAGAACAUCACACAGAUAGUUGGGCACACAGGAUGUCAACCUCGCUCUAUUCAAAACAGAGCUUGUCUGGGCCAAUGUUUCAGUUACAGCGUCCCCAACACAUUCCCACAGUCGACCGAGUCUCUGGUGCACUGUGACUCCUGCAUGCCUGCCCAGACACAGUGGGAAGUGGUGACUCUGGAUUGUCCGGGCAGCGAUGAGUCCCCGCGGGUGGACAAGCUGGUGGAGCGGAUCUUCCACUGUAGCUGCCAGUCGUGCAGUAAGGAAGGAGCCCAGGAGGGGGCGGUGAUGCAGCUGUAUCCAGCAGACAACACCCUGGAUUCAGCCCCGUCUCUAUCCGACACCCUCACUGAAGUUCACUCCCACCCUCUGCCUCACUCAGACGUGCACUCCAACAAGCCGGUUCUGCACACAGACCACCACACGCUGCCACACACAUCAGACGGAGGUUAGGACCCUCACCCCCUUCAUCCAGACUUGUGACUUAGCUCGCCUCUGCCGCCCUCUCUGCUCUCCUCAAUACUGCAUCUUCCCUACCAGCCUCUAGUAAUGUUAAAGCACUUUGAAGAUAUGGCUUCCCUUUUGUUAAAAAAGCUUUUUCUGAAGACACACGCGCGUUAUCAGAAUGCACACAUUUAAAGAGCUCAAACAAACACACUCACUUAUGCACUUGUUUGCUAAUCAUCACAUUUUGUGUGCCUUCCAGACAUGACCAUAGCCUAUGAAUAAACUGUAGUCUUUGAAUUUUUCUUUGAAUGCAAUAAAUUCCAUGGUU